UAUUCCUUCUCCAAAAGCGAAACCAUUUAAGGCCGUGCUCUCCUCGUCGUUGUCGUUGAUUUGGAGCUAGGGUUUGCCUUCAGAUUCAAGCCGAUAUGAGCUCUACUGCAUCUACUAAGGGAGGUCGCGGCAAGUCGAAGCCCGCAAAGGCCGUAUCCAGAUCUAAUAAGGCCGGCUUGCAGUUUCCCGUCGGUAGGAUUGCUCGCUUCCUCAAGGCUGGCAAGUACUCUGAACGCGUCGGAGCCGGCGCUCCCGUGUAUCUUGCAGCCGUUCUCGAGUACCUUGCCGCUGAGGUUCUUGAGUUGGCUGGGAAUGCUGCGAGAGACAAUAAGAAGAAUAGGAUUAUGCCCAGGCACAUUCAGCUUGCGGUGAGGAAUGAUGAGGAGCUCAGCAAGCUGUUGGGGGCCGUGACAAUUGCUAAUGGGGGUGUUCUGCCCAACAUACACCAGAAUUUACUGCCAAAGAAGCAAGGCAAGGGGAAGGCCGACAUUGGUUCUGCCUCUCAAGAAUUUUAAAUUUUCCUGUGCGGUAGUGUAACUGGAUUUUGGUUUUAGUGUUUAGUUCUUGUUGAUAUGGUUCCUCUGCAAUGCAUAUCUUUUUCUAUAGGCUUAUUUUAGCCUAA